UGCUGCAGCCUCUGCGCUACGCUGACAACAGAUCGAGUGCGUUCUUAUCACUCGCUCGAAACCUAUUUUUACAAUUAUUGCGAAACAACAACAWCAAUAAUAGUAAUAAUUAAUAAUUAAACGGGUGUAAAUAUAUUACUUGGUUUACCCGUAUCAAAUAACGUUUAAGAUAUUAUCACAGCGUACGGACGGUUUGCAAAAACAAACAAAUAAAUAAUUAAAUAAUAACAAUUAGUACAAUUAUUACAACGUCGUAUUCUUAUCGUUUCCACGAUCGUAUGCGUGUGCCGCUCCUCCCGCCUGACCGACCUCGACGAAACCGUCGACUGUUCGUACGAUAAUAAUAAUAAAAUAUCGUCGUCGUUGUCGAAUCACUCUCGGCGACUUUUGUUCAUAGUCUUGUCUGUGUCGUCACUCGUCCGGCAGAUGUGUUGGUCUUGGUACCUUCUUACGUUUGAUUAAGACGCGCCGCCCAGAAGGACKUUGGUUGUCGACUCGUCGUCGUCGUCGUCGUCGUUGUCGUCAAUGUCCCAACGCGGUAGCCGUAUUCAGUCGCGACUCGUAAAUAGCAAAUAAACCUAGUUGUUCAUCGACCGAUUCGACUAGCUCGACCGAUAGGUACUUAAGUAAUAAAGCAUAACAUAAUAUAGUAGUUAUUAUGACUUGUGGGCCACCGAUGGGUGACCAUCGUCACCRACGGAUAUUCGGCUGGCCAUCGGUAUUCGUCGCCGCACCGGGUUCUCUAAAUAUAUUCUAAAUAUAUUACACCUCGCAUGAAUAUCGCUUUUUGUUGUUGUUGUUAUUGCUAUAUUAUUAUACAAUUGUGAGGUGCAUAUUUGGACGUAAACAUUAUCAAUUCACCAAAAAUCAAGAUUAAUUUAUAAAAUAAUGCAUUAUGUUCAAAAAAUGAAAUAUACACUGUUAAUAUUAUAAUACAAAUAUACAAUACAUUAAUACAGAUACUCAUAAGUCAGAAAUCAAUAUUGGUAAACCAUAUUAUUUUAAGACAUGCAUGGAUUGGAAGCAAAUAAUUCAAAAACAUAGUCGUAAGAUCUUGAAUAGAAUCAGUAUGGACUUGAUGUUAGAAGCGUAUUUGACACACGAAUCAAGUCUCAUGGAUUUGGAAGAUAUACCGCAAACAGUUGAUCCUGUAUGGAUACUAGGAAAAAAAUACAGUACACUUAUUGAUUUACAACAAAUUCGGAAUGAUAUCCAAUCCAGAUUAUGGUUUACUUACCGGAAAGGUUUUGUUCAAAUUGGCAAUACAAAUUUCACCUCUGACAGAGGUUGGGGAUGUAUGUUACGAUGCGGACAGAUGGUUAUUGGCCAAGCACUAAUAUUCUUACAUCUUGGUAGAGAUUGGCGCUGGGAUCCAGAUAAGAGAGAUAUAGAUUACUUAAAAAUUCUAAGAAUGUUCGAAGACAAGCGAUCUGCACCCUAUUCAAUUCAUCAGAUUGCUCUUAUGGGUGUAUCUCAUGGUAAGCAAGUUGGUGAGUGGUUUGGUCCAAACACAAUAGCUCAAGUGUUAAAAAAAUUAGCCACUAUGGACGAAUUGAGCUCUCUUGUUUUUCAUGUUGCAUUAGACAACACACUAGUCAUUAAUGAAGUCAAAAAAUUAUGUACUGUGAUGGAACAAACUAAUUCUAAUAAGCAAACUUGGAAACCUUUGGUACUAGUGAUUCCUYUACGUUUAGGAAUAAGUGUAAUUAACCCUGCUUAUGUUCAAGGUGUUAAAAUGUGUUUCACUUUCUCACAGUCUUUAGGUGUGAUUGGUGGAAGACCUAACCAUGCUCUAUAUUUUAUAGGUUUUGUGGGCAAUGAUGUAAUAUUUUUGGAUCCACACACGACACAGCAAAUAGGAAUGCUGCCGAACAAAGAUAUAGAAACCGAACAUAAAAUUGAUCAUUCAUAUCACUGCCAGCAAAUUAACAGACUACCAAUCCUUAACAUGGAUCCAUCACUUGCCGCCUGUUUUAUGUGCCAGACUGAAAACGAUUUUAACACACUGUGUAAUGAGCUAAAAGUACAUUUAGUGCAGUCUGACCAUUCACCAUCACAACCAUUAAUCACUAUAUGUGAAGAUCGGCCAUCCGAUUGGACGUUAGACACCUCCGGAACUCUAUCCACAUCGUCUGAAAAUGUUGCUGUGUCAUUAUCAGACUUGGAACUAAGUGACAAAAAAUUGUUAACUGAUUCAGACGACGAUUUUGAACUGUUGUGAUAUAUAUGAUUUAUGAACCAAAAGGAUUCUUAAUAAUUCUUAACAUUCAUAUUUAAGUAGGGCAUAUUUAUAUUUAUGCAAACAAACAAUAAAACAUUAUAUUAUACAGUUUAAAAAAGAUAAUGUAUAAUACAAUUUCUGGUUGGUGUCUCAGUGAAUAUGUUUUGAUAGCCCUUCCAAUUAAAUGUUCUUUAAUUUUUAUUAUUAUUAUAUAAUCAUUAUUACUAUCAUAAUUAUUAUUAAUUUAUUAUUAGUUUCGGUUAUGUUUUAUGUUAUUAAAAAUAUUUUUGUUAUUACAACACAUGAAGUAUAAUUUUACUAAGCAAUUCUCGUUUAAACACUGCUGGUGUACAAAUCUUUAUUUCACGAUUUUAAAUGAUCGAUUAUCAUUGAAUUUGUUGUUUAAUUUUCAUAAUAUGAUUUAUGUAGGAAAUUAUUACAGCAUUAAAGCCCUUAAUGUUAAACUAGUCUGUAUUUUUAAUUUUUCAUAAAUAUGUAUACUCAACUAUGCAAAACAAAAAYGAAACAAAUUGUUUCCUUUACACAUUAAGUAUGUCAAACUUAUUAUUUUGUCCCAAAUAACCUUUUUUUUUUAUUAUAUAUAUGUUAUAUUAUUGGUUAGUAUACGAUCAAUCAUUGUUUAACUUGGCUGCCGUACGUAUAGCAAUACAAUAUUUGCAAUAAAAUAUGUUAAUUAUUUUUGUUGAAUUGUGUAAUACAAAUAAAUAAUUUAACUAAAUGUAAAUGUAA